GGAGAGAGAGGCCCCGUAAAAUACUGGUAAUCGGUUCGGACGAGAUUGCUCUGUUUUCUUUUCUUUCUUUCUCUCUCUCUCUCUCUUCCAACUUUUCUCUCUCCUACUUCGCGAUCUCUGCAACUUUGCACCUGCAUUCCCCUUCAUCGCCGUGCUUUCCUUUCUGGGUCUGCUUCAAAUUUUCAACUUGCUCGACCCCCUGUUUCGCACCUGGGAUGCUGCUCCAUUGUCACUUUUUGAUUUGUAGUAUGUGGUGGUGGUAGAAUUGAAUAGAGAUUGACACUUGAGGGAGAAAGGGAAAAUGGCAAGAGGCAAGAUAAGGGCGAAGUUUCGCAGGAGCAAUUUGUACACAUUUGCAUGUAUCAGGCCAAGAACUCAAGAGGAUGAAAGGCCUCAUCCGUUAGGCCCUGGAUUUACUCGUGUAGUGAAUUGCAACCAGCCCCAAAUCCAUGAUAUCAAACCUCUCAAGUACUGUACAAACUAUAUAACAACCACAAAGUACAAUUUCUUGUCGUUCCUGCCCAAGGCCAUCUUUGAGCAGUUCAGGCGUGUUGCCAACUUGUACUUUCUGCUGGCUGCAAUUCUGUCUCUCACACCGGUUUCACCAUUCUCGGCUGUUAGUAUGAUAGCUCCUUUAGUCUUUGUUGUUGGGUUGAGCAUGGCAAAGGAAGCAAUGGAGGACUGGCAGCGGUUCAUCCAGGAUAUGAAGGUCAAUCUGAGAAAAUCUAAUGUUCACAAGAAGGAUGGUUCUUUUGGUAAUAAGCCAUGGAUGAAGCUUCGGGUUGGAGAUGUUAUCAAAGUGUCAAAGGAUCAGUUUUUUCCUGCAGAUUUACUUCUUUUGUCAUCUAGUUAUGAAGAUGGAAUCUGUUAUGUGGAAACGAUGAACUUAGAUGGAGAGACAAACUUGAAGGUAAAAAGAGCUUUAGAGGUAACCUUACCCUUGGAAGAUGACGAGUCUUUCAAGGAGUUCACGGCAACUAUAAAAUGUGAAGAUCCCAACCCCAAUCUUUACACUUUUGUUGGUAAUCUUGAGUAUGAGCGCCAGAUUUAUCCUCUUGAUCCUGGUCAGAUUCUUCUUAGAGAUUCAAAGCUUAGGAAUACUGCUUAUGUGUAUGGAGUGGUGAUAUUCACUGGUCAUGACAGCAAAGUUAUGCAGAAUUCUACAAAGUCUCCCUCAAAAAGGAGUCGGAUUGAAAGACAAAUGGACAAAAUCAUUUACAUCCUUUUUACUCUCCUCAUGUUGAUCUCAUUGAUUAGCUCAGUGGGCUUUACUGUGAAGACGAGGUACCAGAUACCUGACUGGUGGUAUAUACAACCAUAUGAUAUAAAUAAUAUCCUUUAUAAUCCUAACAAACCUGAGUUGUCUGGGAUUUUUCACCUGGUCACUGCUCUUUUAUUGUAUGGAUACUUAAUACCCAUCUCCCUUUACGUGUCCAUUGAAGUGGUGAAAGUCCUACAGGCAGUGUUCAUCAAUCAGGAUGUUCAUAUGUACGACGAAGAGACUGGAACUCCUGCUCAAGCAAGAACAUCAAAUCUGAAUGAGGAGUUAGGCCAGGUUGACACAAUCCUUUCUGACAAAACUGGUACUUUGACCUGCAACCAGAUGGAUUACCUGAAAUGCUCCAUCGCUGGUGUUGCAUAUGGAAAGCGUGCUAGUGAUGUAGAGCUUGCAGCUGCAAAGCAAAUGGCUAUGGAACUUGAUGAGGAAGAUGCUGAGAGCAUACCUAGUACAACUGGAUGUGCUGCAUCAGAUAUUGAGUUGGAGACAGUUGUUACUUGUAAAGAUGAUGAUGAAAAAAAACCAGCAAUAAAGGGUUUUAGCUUUGAGGACAACCGCCUCAUGAAUGGAAAUUGGGUAAAUGAACCUAACGCAGAUGUCAUCUUAUUAUUCUUCAGGAUACUGUCAGUUUGUCAUACAGCAAUUCCUGAACUAAAUGAGGAGACUGGUAUCUUCACCUAUGAAGCAGAGUCACCAGACGAAGGUUCAUUUCUUGUUGCAGCUAGAGAAUUUGGUUUUGAGUUUUGUAAAAGAACUCAAUCAUCCAUAGUUGUUCGUGAGAGAUAUCCUUCUUUUCAAGAGCCUAAUGAAAGGGAAGUCAAACUUCUCAAUUUGUUGGACUUCACAAGCAAGAGGAAGAGAAUGUCUGUCAUUGUCCGAGAUGAGACUGGGCAGAUUUUUCUCUUGUGCAAAGGAGCAGACAGCAUCAUAUUUGAUAGACUAGCAAAAAAUGGAAAAAUGUAUCUAGAGGCUACCACAAAGCAUUUGAAUGAUUAUGGAGAAGCUGGCUUACGUACACUUGCACUUGCAUACAAGAAGCUUGAGGAGGCAGAGUAUAAUGCAUGGAAUGAAGAAUUUACUAAAGCAAGAACUUCAAUUGGAGGUGAUAGGGAAGCAAUGCUUGAGCGGGUAUCUGAUAUGAUGGAAAGGGAUCUGGUUCUUGUUGGUGCUACUGCUGUGGAGGAUAAACUGCAGAGAGGAGUUCCUCAAUGCAUAGACAAAUUGGCACAAGCUGGGUUAAAGAUUUGGGUUCUAACAGGGGAUAAGAUGGAAACUGCAAUCAAUAUAGGAUUCGCUUGCAGUUUGCUUCGACAGGGUAUGAAGCAAAUUUGUAUAUCAGCAAAUACAGAUGCAGUUGAGAACGAUUCCAAAGAGGCUGUUAAGGAGAGUAUUUUGUUGCAAAUGACAAAUGGUUCUCAAAUGGUCAAGCUCGAAAAGGACCCACAUGCUGCAUUUGCAGUGAUCAUUGAUGGAAAAACUCUAACUUAUGCAUUGGAGGAUGAUAUGAAGCAUCAAUUUUUGAACUUAGCUGUUGAUUGUGCGUCUGUGAUUUGCUGUCGUGUGUCUCCAAAGCAGAAGGCUCUGGUGACAAGGUUAGUGAAAGAGGGAACUGGAAAAACAACCUUAGCAAUUGGCGAUGGUGCAAAUGAUGUUGGAAUGAUUCAGGAAGCUGACAUUGGCGUUGGAAUCAGUGGGGCAGAAGGAAUGCAGGCUGUGAUGUCCAGUGACUUUGCUAUUGCACAAUUCCGGUUUUUGGAGAGACUUCUUGUUGUACAUGGUCACUGGUGCUACAAACGAAUUGCUCAGAUGAUAUGCUACUUCUUCUACAAAAAUAUUGCAUUUGGGCUCACACUCUUUUACUUUGAGGCUUUUACUGGUUUUUCGGGGCAGUCAAUAUACGAUGAUUGGUAUAUGCUUCUGUUCAACGUGGUUCUUACUUCGCUGCCUGUCAUUUCACUUGGAGUCUUUGAGCAGGAUGUGUCUUCUCAAGUCUGUUUACAGUUCCCAGCGCUGUAUCAGCAAGGACCCAGAAACUUGUUUUUCGACUGGAAUAGAAUAUUCGGGUGGAUGGGAAAUGGCGUCUACACCUCUCUCAUUGUAUUUUUCCUUAACCUAAGCAUCUUCUAUGACCAAGCCUUUCGGGCACAAGGCCAGACUGCAGACUUGACUGCUGUAGGUACUGCCAUGUUCACUGGCGUUGUCUGGGCAGUAAACGCCCAGAUUGCGCUAGCAAUGAGUCAUUUUACAUGGAUACAACAUGUUCUUAUUUGGGGGAGUAUUAUCAGUUGGUACAUAUUACUUUUAGUAUAUGGCGAGAUGUCGCCAAGAAUUUCCAAAGAUGCCUACAAAAUGCUGAUCGAGUCCCUAGCUCCCGCCCCAAUCUACUGGGUUUCCACCUUCUUGACAUGCUUAACCUGCAUCCUCCCAUACCUUGUCCACAUAGCUUACCAGAGAUCUUUCAACCCCAUGGACCACCACAUCAUCCAAGAAAUCAAGUUCUUCAGGAAAGACGUCGAGGACAGGAACAUGUGGAGAAGAGAGCGGUCCAAGGCGAAAUCAAAGACCAAGAUUGGGUUCACGGCAAGAGUAGAUGCAAAGAUCAGGAAUUUGAAAGGGAGGCUGCAGAAGAAGUAUUCAACGAUGAACUCACACUUAGACGUACCGCGUAAAUAAUCACGAGAUAUAUCCUCUAGUUUUGCUUUUGCUUUUAUCCUUUGUUGUAAGUUAGGGAGGGGGAGGGGUUGGGUUGUUGAGCCACCCUGCAAUUUUUAUAUAUAUAUGUUCUCUGGCUGAUCUUUGUAGUCCAUCUGUAAUAUGCUUUUUCUUUAUCAGUAUGAUGGGUUCAUCUUAGGCCAUUCUUCAUUCUUUCAUAGCAUUUCAGGCUGCUGUAUGUACAAUACUUUCUUCUAUUAGUCUAUACACAACAUUCAGAACCUA